CCAAAUUCCUUUUCAUAUUCAGUUACACUAAGUUAUAGAAGCGUAAAGAUGUUCGGGAUCGCGUUGGCAAUUGUUUUCUCAUUAUCCGUGUCGGUGCAAGCCAAAUUCCCUGACGAUCCUAAACCCUGCAAAUACGGCGAUGGCGAGUGUAUCAUGAAACUGUGCAACACACUAUUCAGUGAGAGGUCUUCGGAGGAGGAUCCUGGUCUAAACCUGACGCGCUUAGAUCCUCUGAAUGUGGACAAGCUUGUGAUAAGCCAGGGAGAGGAUGCCAGUCCCGUGGGCAUAACUCUUACUUUUACCGAUAACUUGCUGUACGGCAUCAAGGAUCAAAGGAUAGUUAAAGUAAAGGGAUUCGGAAAGGAUCUUACCGGAAAGCACGAAGUGAGGAUUAUCGCGAAAACCUUCUCACUGGUGGGACCCUAUAAUAUCAACGGGAAGGUACUCAUUCUGCCGAUCAGCGGUACGGGAAAAAGUAACAUGACUAUGGUUAACGUGAAGUCAAUCGUGACCUUCUCGGGCAAACCGUUGGAGAAUAACGGAAAGAUCUAUUUGGACGUUACCAACUUCAAAAUAACAAUGAAGCCGGAGUCCACCCACUACCACUUUUCGAAUCUGUUCAAUGGGGACAAGGCGCUGGGCGAUAAUAUGAAUGUCUUCCUGAACGAGAAUUCGGAGGCCAUUUAUAAGGAGACGGCCUCAGCAAUUGAUAAGUCCUUCAGUCAGCUAUACAUGGGAAUCGUAAAAGGUGUGUUCUCCAAGCUCCCGUACUCGAAGCUUUUUGCCGAGGAGUAGCCAAUGUGAUAUUCGCUUUUAAAUUAGAUAAAAGAACACGUGUUGAUACUUAUCGCAAACUCUAGCUCAUAUAGGUUUUAGCGUUAGCAAUUAUCAUUCGAUUUAACGAGGGUCGCGAGUUCAUUUAUAACGUUAGAAUAAGUAGGGAAAUGCUUAAUUACCAUUUAACAAUCUGAGCGAAAUAAAACGAAAUUUUGUUGCAAUAAAGUUUAUAUGGCUAACA